AAUAUAUAAAAAAAUUAAAAUAAAAUGAUAUACUUCGUUUCAGCACAAUCAGCCGAUGUCGAUUUUAACCGUUUUUUGUAUGUUGUCGUAAAGCCCAGAUCCGUCGGAUUGGUGAUGGGGAGGAGGACCAUGAAGGCCGCUAUUUUAAAAGUGCUGGAUAAAAUCCAUGCCUUUAAAAUGAAUAACCUCUUGUUGGGCGUCAUUUCCGAUGGCAACGAUGCUAAUCAACAUGCCCUACACACGGCAUUUGAUAGAGGCUUUCCGGUGGUCUGGGAUCAGGAUCAUUUGAUAAGAAUUUUGAAAAAAUAUAAUCACGUUGACAUCGAACUGGGAUACUGGUAUUUUUAUCACCAGUUCUCCCAGCUCGAUGUCGAAAAUUACUUUUCAAUGUUAGUAUCUCAUGGUCCAGAAAAUAUGAUAGUCUCCCUCGCUUUGCUCCACGAUGCAUCUGAUGUUUGA